AUGUUGUUCCUUGGGCUUCUGUUAGCCCUAUCGCAAGUCCCCUGCUGUUGGGCGAUUAAUAGUCGAACAUUGGAAGUGGACUUGGUCCUACCUCGGAAUGACACUUAUCCACCUUCGCCAAUAUUUCCCAUCAUCUUCGCUGUUCAAAACCCGAGCCUCGCGGAAAAGUUUCAGCCCAUGAUCACCUUGCAAGUGCAUCAGGUUGGCGGAAACUUGAGUAUUUCCGAGACAUACAAACUAUGGGAAGGAUACAAUGAUACUAGCAACACCCGCUUUCUAACUUGGGGUAACUCGAAGUUCGACUUUGAGGGAGAGUUCAAGUUGACCUGGGACCUCAGCGUGGAUAGAUGCUACAUGGACAAUAAGACACACGAAGUAAAUUUCGGAAGAUUCGACGAAUUCGAAUCCCUCUUCUUCACCACUAAGAAUGGCACCUCGCCUCCAGAUUUUGUCGCUGCAACAGACGACGACACUUGUGACAAAGCGCUGGCGCAAGCUAUCAACUAUGCGGAUCUUUCCAAGGUCCCAGCAUCAGAAAGCACUUAUGGGCCCUCCUGUCUAGCAGCACCCACCACUCUUCCCAAGACUACGAGUCCUUGCAACGUCAAGAUCAACUCAUCAGCCGCAGCAAGUAUGUCGGCAGCCAUGACAUCUACUGCUUGUGCUCGAGACCGAGCUGGGGUAACUUGUCCGACUCCAACCUCUAAGAAUGCAGCCUCUAAAUCAAAUUCGAACACGGGUGACGUAUGGAUUUUGACGACGGUUUCCUUGCUCGCUUACAGUCUCGCAUGA